UGGUAUUCCAUUGAUCGCGUCUCUUCUCUCGGUUCGUUCCGUGUUUAGUUUGUUUAUCUUUGAACAAAGACGGAGAGAAGUUCACCUCCAGCUCGGCCGUCAGUAGAUGAACUUCUGAGCGUCGACGCGUCAUGGCGUCCUCUCUCUCUCUGCUGGGCUUCAAGCGUCUGUCGGUCUGCCUGGUGGACUGUAUGAAGACCCCCACUGACCCGAGACCAGCUGUGAGGCCGGAGCCCGAAGCUCCUGAAAACGGCCCCAGGCGGCUCUCCGUCAGCCUGGUGGACUGCAUGACGUCUCCGGGACUGAGCGGUCCGAUGGACGCUGCAGCGGAGCAGCAGAGUCACGUCAGCAUCAAGGUGGAGUUAAAGGAGGAGGCGGGAGACUACUUUGAGAACCCGGUUGUUGGCCGGUACCCGGUCUGGUGCGGCGCCGACACCGGAGCAGAGGUCAACCUCUAUAAGGUAGAAGAGGAGGACGCUGAAGACCCGGACUGGGAGGAAACCAGAACCAAAGGGACUGGUGAGCUGCAGACGAGUCACGUGGUGUUUAAGGGUGAAGGGGGCGGAGCCUCCGACAGGGUGACGUGGCUCAUAAAGGACUACCAACUAUCAGAGUCCCUCAAAACCACCAAACUCAGCAGAGAGUCUGAGGAACGUCAGGAGGAAACGGAUGCAGAAUCACAGAACGGACCUUCAGAGAACGCCGUCACAGCAGAGGAAGAGGAAGAGGAAGAGGAAGAAGCAUCUGAGCCGGGAGAUGGAAACACAGUGGCGGGGAACCAGCAAAAAGCUGCGUCCGAACGCCACAAUCUCCACUGUGAGAAUUGUGGGAAAUCCUUCGCAAAGAGGAGCAACCUCACCAGACACCAGUCGCACCACUGCAGCGCCACAAGAGCAGAGCAGAAGCUGAAGGAAGCUGAGUCCGAACGCCGGCGUCACCGCUGUGAUCCUUGUGGGAGAUCCUUCUCCAAGAGGAGCCACCUCACCAGACACCAGCUGCACCACUGCAGCGUGAGGGGAGGUGCAGCGAAUGAGACGUAUUCAUGCAGCGAAUGCAGCCUGAGUUUCCGGACUGAACGCCACCUGAGGCUGCAUGUGCGCAGUGAGAACCACGAAGGCAAAGAAGUAUCUGAGGAGGCUCCACGAGAGAGAUGUCACGCCUGCCAGCUGUGCGACAAGAGCUUCUACUUGUUUCACACCCUCCGGCAGCACCUCCUCACCCACACGGGGGAGAAGUGCCACAGCUGCAAGGUGUGCGGGAAGCAGUUUGGGAGGGAGGGCAGCCUGAAGCUUCACCAGCUGAUCCACACGGGGGAGAAACCGUUCACGUGCGAGCAGUGUGGCAAGAGCUGCGCCAGGAAGGGCGACCUGAAGAUCCACAUGCUCAGUCACUCCGAGGAGAGACCGCACAGCUGCAGCUGCUGCGGGAAAACCUUCAAGCAUCUGGCCAAACUGAAGCAGCACGAGCGGGUUCACACGGGAGAGAAACCGUACCAGUGCGAGUUGUGUCCGAAGCGCUUCAGGGUCCAGAUGUCGCUGGCGGCGCACCGCUACACCCACACGGGAGAGAAACCCUACAAGUGCAACAUGUGCCCCAAGGCCUUCAGCGUCAGGAACAACCUGAAGAAGCACAAGAUGAUCCACACGGGGGAGAAACCGUACCGCUGCUCAUUCUGCGGCAAAGGCUGCCGGCUCCUGCAGCACCUGGUCGUCCACGAGCGCAGCCACACGGGAGAGAGACCGUACAAGUGCGACGCGUGCGGGAAGGAUUACACCAAUCAGUCGACUCUGAAAACGCACCGGUCUACGCACGAGGAGAAACCGCCGCGCCGCUCCCCGUGCGUGCCGGACAUCGCUGAGCUUGCGAUACUGGCAGGUAACGAGACGCCGGAGAAACCGCACCGCUGCCCCCAAUGCGGUAAGUGCUUCUCCCAGGCCGUGAACCUGAAGAAACACCAGAUGAUCCACUCGGGGGAGAAACCCUACGCCUGUAAAGUGUGCGGGAAGCAGUUCAACGACAAGAGCAACCUCGCUAAGCACGCACGUAUUCACACGGGAGAGAAACCCUUCGAGUGUGAACACUGUCAGAAGGGCUUCAGGCUGCUGCAGCACCUCUCCAGCCACCGACUCACCCACAACAAGAAACACUAGGACACUCUGGAGAUCAGGGUUCUAGAAAUGGAGAAACUGUAUAUCUCUGUCUAAAAAUGACUUCUAGCAACUGCUUAACUUGGCUUAGCUUAGCAUAAAGACUUGCCUCUAAAAUUUCAAAUAUUCUGUUUAAACCUCCUGUAUGAAGGUCAAAUUGUCAUUUUUACACUUUGGAUUUUUGACACAUUGAGAUAUAACAUGAUAAUCAGUGAGGUGAGGUGCCUGCUGGAGCCCAAAGGAUGUUAAAAAGUCAAUCCCCAAACCAUACUGACUACAACUAGCAAUCAAUGAACCCUAAUUGCUGAGCUUUAGAGGUGCUGAUGGGCAGAUUUCUUCAUUUUUGGACAGAGCCAAGCUAACUGGUCACGCGUGUUUCCAGUCUUCAUGCUAAGCAAAUAGCCAGCUGCUAAAACAUAACGUUAUAACGUUGUUGGAGGACUUUCAAAUUACUGAGACUGUUACUUAUUUAUCUUAGUUAUCAAAUGAGAUCAGGGCUUCAUUUAUGCUUUUCUAGUCUCUGAUCUCUGAUAAUGUUACAUUGUAAACAACCAGUCUGUGUUUAAACCAACAGGAGAGCUAGUAACGUUAGCAACACCGCUAACGGCCAACAAACGAAGGUUCAGUUCAGUUACAUUAUGAUGCGUUCAGGCUCUGUUCAAUGAAAAUGAGUAUUGGGUGAAGGUCAAUUAGAAUGUUUUCAUGAUGUGUUCAAUGUAAUCUGUAAAAUGUAGUGUUGGUGAUAAACUAGAAUAAAUCCAGUAGUUUGAAGGAGAUGUUUUCACAUUAAUAUAAAAUAGAUAUUAGAGAUGAAUUAUGAUGUUUAACUUCUUAACACUAGCUCUAAGAUUAUU